UAUACCACCAUUAGGCAGGGACCUUCUGAAUCAUUUGUUGCCUUUGUAGAGCGGCUCACCAGAGCAGUGGAAGUUCAGGUUAAAACAGAAAGUGCACGGGAAAGUAUUAUAGGGGAGCUUGUUUUCGUUAAUGCUAACGACCUGUGUAAACAGGCAAUUUUGAGUCUUCCCCUAGAUCCGCCCCACACUCUCCAGUCCAUGCUCCAGGUGUGCCAGAUGAAGGUGCCCUUCCUUGCCCGGAGGAACCCACCACCACCCUCCCAGGCAGCUUUUCCGCCCAAGGCUGUGCGUGCUGCAGAAUCAUCCCAACAGCCUCGACAUCGUCCGCCUCAGCGGCGACUCUCCUUCGGCAACCGCCCUGGUCACUGCUUCUUCUGUAAAGAGGAAGGACACUGGACUGCCAACUGCCCUAAGAAACCUUCACUACAGCGGACUCAAAAUACACCUCCGGGAACGCCGGUGCCUUCCCAGGCACAACAAAAAAACUGAAAGGGGAGCGCGGGUCCACCCAGCGCGACGACCCCAAUCGGGUGGACCGGGCAGGGAACUUCAAAGGGGGUCAAUUGGAUGGACAAUUUACACCAGACUCGACAUCACCUGAACAUGAUAUAGCAAAACCUAUUCUCACUACCUCUUCCUUUUUUCAACCCUACAGGUUGCAUCUCACAAGACCAUUGUACCUGACGGAUAGGGACUUUCAUUUCGUCACCAUAGACCCAAGGAAGUUGCAUCGGUGGCCAAUGACCGGCGAAGUUUUGUUUUUCAGACCCGGACCCAAGAUGCUAAGCCUCCCGACCGUGCUCUUUCUGACCAAGCUGCUAAUAUUCACUCAGGCUUGGACCGUCCCACAGCCACGAGCCAACGUGUGGGCUCUGCUCGCGGAAUCCAUGGGACAGGAUCACAUCUGUCUCAAUCAAGCAUCAGCCUCAGACCCGAUGUCCACAUGCUUCAUGGGGAUUCCCUUUAAACAGUGGGAAAUGCCUGAAAGACUUCUCCAUUUUGCCCAUUGCAUAACUAAGACCCCCUAAGUUAAUCCUUUUAUUGGUGGAGGAAUUUUGUGCUUUCCCUGCCAAAUAUGAGGGAGGAACCCCGAGAGCUGCAGCUCCUCGGAGCGACUACAGCUCCCGCCUGCAUUCGUCUUACCAAUUCGGCCGACGCUUUAGACAACCGCACCAAGCACGUUUUUCAAUCUAAAGUGCUAGAUAGAGCCCACUCGUGGUGCAAGAAGUUGGCCAAGGGAGUUCUUCCCCCUCAAAUUCACAACCACCCCAAAAGGUUACCCGAGGGAGUCUUUCUGAUCUGCAGAGAUCGGGCUUGGGCAGGUAUCCCCUCUCGUCUUUCUGGAGGUCCGUGCACCCUAGGGAAGGCAGGGCUGUUCACACCCAACAAGACGCAAAUUAUGGAUUGGAAAGAAAAGCAAAAGAGACAAAGUGGUGCACAUGGAUUGGCAGUUUCCAAAAGAGACCUUAGAAAAUUAGACCCAGAUUGCGAUUCAGAAAUUAUUCAUUGGAACAAAACUAAAGAGGUUGCAAUCACAAAUUUUGCCCCAUGGGUCUCCUUUGCUAAGGCCGUGGGGGAAUUGGGACAUUUAAAAUGUUGGGUGGCGAAACAAGCAAAUUUAACCUCCAAAACCCUAUUCAACCUCCUGGAGGACGAGGAAAUAAUGAGGCAAGCUUCCCUCCAAAAUCUGGCAGCCAUAGACUACAUCAUACUUCUCCAUGAUCACACGUAUGAGGAGUUUGAGGGUCUAUGUUGUUUUAAUCUGUCGACUCGGGCUGAGAUCACUCGAAAACUCAUUACACAGAUGCAAGAUAUGAUCAGUGACAUCAAAAGAGAGACAGGUGACUGGAUGAGCAACAUUUUUAAAGGUUGGGGUUUAUCUGGAUGGGCCGGGUCCAUUUUAAAAACAUGUCUGUUGAUUUUGUUUAUUAUUUUAAUUGUUUGUCUUGCUUUCGGACUAAUCAGGAGAUCGUUAAUUAAGUUAGUUUUAAGUUCCGCAUCUACCCCCUCUCCGGCUGCUGCUCGGGUCGCCAAGGCCACGGCUCCUGAAGACGAGUUGAAGGAGCUUGAGAAGGAGCUUGAAGAAGAAAGUGACGGUGAAAGCCUCGCAGACGAUUAGUAGCCAGCUCAACAACCUUGAUCCACCAAAUGUUACCUGGACUUUGAGCAUCUGCCAGACCCCCCUCACUUCUGUUCUUUUUAGUAAAAAGAAAACGGGGAGAUGUGGCAGUGUGUUAAUUUAAUCGGUCAUGCUUUGUAUACUUUUGUACUUGUUGGGCUCUCUGUACCCCACCCCUCGAUUGUUCCUUUGUUUAACUCACAUGACUCCUGCACCUGUUAUGCAGCACACGGUUAGCUGCCUGUCAUUUCUCCCGCCUUUGCAGGGUCCCUCCUAUUCUCCCCUGAUUGGUCCAAGUUAUGUUCUACUACACCCAUAUCCCCUGGCAACCUGCCCCGGUUGGCUGGCAGUGGCUGGCCACCCCCUUUGCCCCCCCUCCGACUCGCCUCAGACGAAAACUCCCCGCACCCCUCUC